AUGGCUCCAAUCGCUUUGCCUCAGAAUUCACCUAUACCUGUUCCUCAGGCACCUUCUGACCCCCCAACUGUCAAUGAUUUUCAUCGUGCGUGGGAGUAUCGCCGCAGCAUUGAAAGUGGCAUGUUUGCACUUGCGCCUAAUGUAACGGCGACCCAUCUCACAGAUGCUCAUGCCUAUGAGACCAAGAUUUUGAUGGGAAGGUCUAACGACGUUGCGCCUCCGUGGCUAGCUGCCGCUCUCCAGCCUAUCCGGAAUGAACUUCGCGCUCUCCGAGACGACAUUGGCGAGCUCAGAGAUAGUCUUGGCGAGCUUCAAGAUGAUCUUCAUGAUUUCAGAAAUGAAACAAGAGAUAGCUUAGCCAAAAUACGCAGUACGAGCACAAAAACCCAUAAUAAGCUUAGCGCAGAAGGAACAUUCUACCCUUACGAAGAAGUCCCUUUUGUUGACAACUCGCUCCCUACCGAGGCUCCGCAUGAUUUGCCCCUUCUGCACAGCGAGGCUGCUGUUGAUGGUUUGACUGGCCCACAGGCGACAUCUUACUUCCAAGGUUACUAUCCGGCUCAGGUCGUGCCUCAUACUGUCGCUGCGCGCCUUCUAGCAAUCAAGAGGGCAAUAGGAUGCACGAGAGGAACGACACAUAACGCGUAG